GGGAAAGACUUUUCACACGACUUGAAAGUCUUCAUCUAUGCGAUUUUAUAAUCGAACAAAUUUACUUGCUCUCUAAGCUUUUGCUUUCUAUAUAUCUACAUCGACUUCUUUGAUUUUGAUACAUCCAUCGCUACCAAUUUGCUUAAUCAAUCAAAGAUUCGUGACUUCUAUGGCUUCUGAUGCUGUUCACGACCUGAGUUCCCUCGUUUCAUCCGAGGGUAGGGACUUUCUCAUCCGCAAUAAUGGCGAUCAGGUGAAGAUCAGUUCUUUAAUUGGGAAGAAUGUGGGAUUGUAUUUCUCCGCGUCAUGGUGCCCUCCCUGUCGCCGUUUCACUCCAGUUUUUGCUGGGGUUUAUGAGGAAGUAGCACCUAAGGGCGAGUUUGAAGUUAUAUUCAUUUCUUCUGAUAGAGAUGAAGAUUCAUUCAAGGAUUACUUCUCUAAAAUGCCCUGGUUGUCUUUUCCGUUUUCUGAUUCGGAGAUCGUUAAGCGCUUGAAAGAACUUUUCGAAGUGAGGGGAAUUCCUCGUCUUGUUGUUCUUGACCCCAGUGGGAAGGUUUCAACUGAUCAAGGAGUGAGACUAGUGACUGAACAUGGGAUUAGUGCCUAUCCCUUUACUGCUGAACAGAUCCAACAUUUGAAGGAAGAAGAGGAGGAAGCGAGGAGGAACCAAACCAUUAGUUCCCUUUUGGUUUCAAACUCUCGCGAUUAUGUUAUCUCAAAUGAUGGAAAUCAGAUUCCUGUCUCUGAGCUUGAAGGGAAAGUGAUUGGGCUGUACUUCUCAGUGUACGGCUACGCCGAUUGUGAUGAGUUUACACCUAUUUUGGUUGAUACUUACAAGAAACUAAAAGAGAAGGGACAAAACUUUGAGAUUGUGUUGAUAUCUUUAGAUGAUGCAAAUAAAGAUUUCAGCGAAGCACUCAAGACGGUGCCAUGGUUGGCAUUGCCAUUUCAGGAUGAGAAAUGUAGAAAACUCACUCGUUAUUUUGACCUUAGCACUAUUCCUACACUUGUAAUAAUUGGGCAGGAUGGAAAAACUUUGAUCUCAAAUGCUGCUGAACUGGUUGAAGAGCAUGGUGUUGAUGCCUACCCUUUCACUCAAGAGAAACUUGAUGAGCUUGCAGAGAUUGAGAAGUCGAAGCUGGAGUCACAGACACUGGAGUCCAUUUUAGUUCAUGGAGAAAAAGAUUUUGUUAUUGGAAAAGAUGGUGCAAAGGUUCCGGUAUCUGAACUUGUUGGCAAGAAGAUUCUGCUCUAUUUCUCAGCACACUGGUGCCCUCCGUGCCGUUCAUUCUUGCCUAAGCUUAUAGAAUCAUACAAUGAAAUUAAACAGAAGUACAAAGAGUUUGAAGUGAUAUUUAUUUCAAGUGAUAGAGACGAUAAUUCAUUUCAAGAAUUCUUUUCAGGAAUGCCUUGGUUAGCACUGCCAUUUGGGGAUGAGAGGAAGAACUUCCUAAAUCGCAGGUUCAAAAUUCAAGGCAUUCCUGCAGUUGUAGCCAUUAACGAAAGCGGUCGUACAGUCUCGACAGAAGCUCGUAAGCUCAUUACAGAACAUGGAGCAAAUGCCUAUCCAUUUACAGAGGAACGUCUCGAGCAGUUGGAGAAGCAACUGGAAGAAGAAUCAAAGGGGUGGCCUGAGAAACUAAAACAUGAACUACACGAUGCACAUGAACUUGUUCGAACACGUCGUACAUCAUAUAUUUGCGAUGCCUGUGAUGGAAUGGGAUCUGGUUGGUCCUUUUACUGUAAGGAGUGUGACUUUGACUUGCACCCGAAAUGUGCUUUGAAAAACGAGGUGGAAGCCAAUGGGGAAGGAAAAGAAGGGUGGAUUUGCGAGGGAGGCGUGUGUCGUAAGGCGUAAGAAUUCGUAUUCAGAAUAGCGAGAAAUAUGGAAUCUAUCAUGAUAUGUGUUUUGUUUGUUGCCUUAUGUGAUUCCCUGUUGGUUUACUGAAGCUGUUGUGCUGUUUCAAGCCAACGUUUGUAUUCAUAGUUUCAAUAAAUGAAUAGGUUCAUCGUUUCGGGUUUGUUGUC